UCUCCAGUGUUUAUGAUGCCUUGCACCAAGCCUACUAUAAUAAUUACGAACGACAAAUCUAAUUACCCUCCAGAAAAGAAAGCUCCCCACAUUUCUAACAUAAUAAAAAUCUUGUGGAAAAUCGGUAACUGGCUGCUUGUCGUGCCCCCAAAAUUUAAUAAGAACAAAAGAUCGAAAUAUUGGUCGUGGUACGGAAUACAAUUUAUUGUCUCCAGUCUUAAUUGCAUGUUGACCUGUUUCCUAAUGAUAAGCACAGUCUUGUCCAUGACUGUGGCAGCAUUGGGACAAUUACCUUCGGGACUCUUUAUGUGUCUCGAGCUGCAUACAUUCCUCUUUUUACUGCUUACCAUAUUUUACACUGCUUGGACGGGCAGUCUUAAACUUCCACAAGCUAUGCUCCACUCUGAAAGAAGCGUAAAAAUUCCCAAUAGACCAAAUUAUUGGGGAUUUCACUUCCUCACUCCGUACCGAAUUUGGUGCUUCACUUCAAUCCUGUACACUGCGAGUAGAUUAGCUGAAUUGCUUGACCCAUGGUUAUACCAGUUCUCACUGCUUACAAGACACCGAAAUCGAUUCGAAUCCCACAUGUUCUUUUUCCUUGAUCCUGAGUUGAGGGCUAAGUUGCGAUUCCCUUAUCUCGACAUUUUAUGUAAUGUUUCAUUUUUUUCGUCCAAAAUUGUGAGACUAUUUGGAUCGCUACUGAUCUUUUCUGCGAUCACAGUGUAUGACUCGGCUGUGCAUAAUUUUUGUAUCCAUGUGGAGCAGUACGGAUCUUUAUCUGACUUCCGUUCAAACUUUGCCAUUCUACAGCAUGACGUUAAUAAGUUGAACCGAUUGGUAAAUCGAGUCGUGGGAGCUUUAACUGCCCAUCUUCUUCCCAUGUAUAUGGUUUGGUCGACAGACCUUUUUUAUGGCAGUGGGGGUCCUUUUCGGGCCAAGAUCUGCUUUUUCUGUGACUUUCUCAUCUACUCAUUGUUUUAUGGCGUAGCAGCGUAUAAUUAUCGGAAGGUUGUUCAAACUGUGGAAAAAACGGUGCUGGAACGUCGCACCGAGUGGGGGAUUGAUUGUGGAGAAUUAACAUCGUUCCUACAUCAAGCACGCCAUUCCGAUUCCGUUGGAAUCUCGGGUUUUGGCCUAUUCACAAUUUCAUACGAAUGCAUUGCUAGGGUGCUCAGUUUCAUGCUGACUUACAUCAUCAUCAUCAUUCAAUUCAAAAGUUCAAAGAAUACUGAUGCUGCGGCAAAUCGUGAAACAUGAAAUACGACACUCAUAUGGAAAUCUUCAUAAUCAAAAAUUUUCCUUUAUUUCACCGUUAUACAUAAAUAUUAAAUAAACAUGUUCCAAAUGUA